AUGAAUACUUCAAUAGCUCCUGUGCCUGUAACUACGAAGCUUGUUGAUCCAGUUCAUUGGUAUGGUUGCUGGCUGUAUUACCGUUUGUAUCUAUCGAUGGGUGGGUCAAGAAAAAUAAGAGGUGUUCAAAAUCUAGAAACAUUAAGACCACAUCAAUUACUAGAGCAAAUGGUGUGUACUGCUUUCAGAGCUGCAACUGACACUCUUAAACAGACUAGAUUUGGUGGGUUAAAGAACAUGAAAAUAAAAAUCGACCAAUUAUACUUCACCAUUGCUUCUACAUUGAAGCCUUUACAAGCGAACAAGCUACCGGGUGAUAUGGAAAUAAUCCAAGAUGUAAAACGGCUCUGUGUUGUAUUCGAACACGUGGAGAAGCUGCUAACACUUGGCAGUGGCAGUGGGAAUCAAUGGAGUCACCAACAGAGGGAGAUUGGAAUCUGGAGUUGCAAGGACUGUGGGAAAGUGAAAGCAGGGGGUCCAUACACAUUGAAGUAA